CAUUCAAUUCAAUAUUGAUCACCAUGAAGGUUUUCGUAGUUUUGGCUUUGACUCUUGCCUGUGUGUCCGCAGGACUUGUGCCCCAGGCUCUGCCGGUGCGUCCUCGUGACAGGACAUCGACACCAUCUAUUACUGGUCGCAUCACGAACGGCAAGGACGCCGUGCCCGAUCAGUUCCCCUACCAGGUGGGACUCAGCUUCACCGGACCGGAGGACGGCUGGUGGUGCGGCGGCUCCAUCAUUGAUAACCAAUGGGUUCUGACCGCAGCGCACUGCACAAGCGGUGCCCUUUUCGUGACCAUCUACUAUGGAGCUACCGUUCGUACCAGCCCCAAGUUCACCCACACCGUCUCCAGCGCCAACUGGAUCCAGCAUGCCAACUAUAUCUCCCUGACCCUUCGCAACGAUAUCUCCCUGAUCAAGACGCCAUCCGUGACCUUCUCGUCCUCCGUCAACAAGAUCGCCCUCCCGGCUAUCGCCAGCAGCUACUCCACCUAUACCGGACAAGUGGCCGUCGCCUCCGGAUGGGGACUGACCUCCGAUACCUCGGAAACGGUGGCCCGCGAUCUGCAGUACGCUGAUCUCACGGUCAUUCCCAACGCCGUGUGCCAGGAGACCUUUGGCAGCUUGGUGGUCACCAGUCGUGUUAUCUGUGUGGAUGGUGUCAAUCGCACCUCCAUCUGCAGUGGUGAUUCCGGCGGCCCAUUAGUGGUGGACAACGCUCUGAUCGGAGUCACCUCCUUUGGAGCCUACGAUGGCUGCGAGAUUGGAGCACCAGCCGGAUUCACUCGAGUCACCAGCUACUUGGAUUGGAUCAAGAGCAACUCCGGAGUUUCCGCUUAAGGAACUUAUUCCGUUUUGUAAUAUUUUCAAUAAUAAAUGAUGCAUUAAAAAAAAAUCCUU